UGGUUAUAUAUUAAAUAUCUUAUAUAAGAAUAUAAAAUAUAAGAAUAUGAAUAUAUAAAGGUAUAAACGUAAAUAUUUUCAAAAUGUUUACUGUAUGUGUGUAUAUAUAUAUAUAUAUAUAUAUACAUAUAUAAUGUAAACAAAUUUUUUAAUGAUUAAUCGUUUGACAGCACUUGUAUAUAUUUUUAUUAUUAUUUUCAUUUCAGAAAUGUUGCCUUGGAAACUAUAUGAAAUUAAAUAAGGUUACAUUUUUAAUGUUCUUUUUAAAGAAAAAAGUCAAGUAAUGAAAAUUUUUAGUUUUUUUGAACAUACUAAAUCAGAUUUAAUUGCUUUUUAAUUUAAUAUAUCAACUUUUCUUCCAGUUUCUGAUAAUAAAAAAGUUUGAAACCAAUCAGCAUUGUCAAAAUUACCUCAGAAAUACUGGAGCUAAGUUAAUAAAACAGUUAUUGCCCUAAACGUACGUAAAUCACCAGUUUUUUGAGUGUAUAAACACGGUUGAGAAGCUCUGAUCUAGAGUUCCGUUAUGAAACUAUCACAAUAAUCAAUUAGUAAUGUUUUAAGCAAGUAUAAAAUCUUAAUAUAACCCUUUGUUUAUUAAAUAAAAAUGUAAGUCAUUAUUUUUUAAAAUCAGUAUGUUGUUGUAAUCCUUCAGUAUCUCAGUGUAAAAAAUAUUCCUGGAUUACUUUUACAAAAAAAUAACAUUUCAGUUUUUCCACAGAAUUUCAUGUUUUAUUCAAUGUGUUGCUUGCUGUUUCUUGAUCAUUUUUGGUGAACUUUACUCAAAGUGAAAAUGUUGGUCCUGCACUGUAUUAGUGUGUUUGGAUCUGUAUGGAGCAUCAAGAACAACAGAUGUUGUGUUUAGGCUGACUCUGAUUAAUAAUGCAGAUCUCCAUUCUUCAUGUAUCUGAUCUGAAUAAAUGCGGUUCUGCGUAUGUGAGUCCAGCUGUGGUGCGCUGCUGUGUGUGAUUGUGUGUUGUCUCCGGUGACGGCUCAUUACGGGGGUGUGAUGAUGAUGAUGAUGAUGAUGAUGAUGGAGAGGAGGAGCGUGAGGAGCAGGACGCCUGCAGCUGCGGAUCGGACCUCAGUCAUGGAGAGCGUCUUCAGAGGACUGAGCGCCGCUGUCUUCCUCGACACCUGGACACAGUUCAGCCAAGAUGAUGGACUCCUGGAGCUCAGGAGCCUGGACGAGUUCUUACGCUGCUUGAUGAAGACGCUGAAGACCCGCGGUGUGUCGGAGCAGCAGGUGCUCCGGGAGACGCUCGUGUCCCGCUGUGACGUCACAGGAGACGGACGCCUGCAGAUGGAGCAGGUGGCGGCUGCGCUUCUGCCCGAGCAGGAGAACUUCCUGCUGCUGUUCCGCCGGGAGACACCGCUGGACAACAGCGUGGAGUUCAUGAGGAUCUGGCGCUGCUACGACACCGACAGCAGUGGAUACAUCUCUGCCGCCGAGCUGAAGAGUUUCCUGCGGGAUCUUCUCCAUCAGCACAACAGACAGAUCACUGCAGCCAAACUGGAGGAAUACACUGAUAUGAUGAUGAAGAUGUUUGACAAGAACCAGGAUGGGCGUCUGGAUCUGAAUGAUUUGGCGAGGAUCCUGGCGCUGAAGGAGAACUUCCUGCUGAAGUUUGAGAUGGAGGCCUGCAGUCAUGAGGAUCGACGGAGGGACUUUGAGAAGAUCUUCGCUCACUAUGACGUGAGUAACACUGGUGCUCGAGGCGCGGAGGUCGAUGGUUUUGUUAAAGACAUGAUGGAGCUGGUGAAGCCCAGUCUCAGCGGCUCAGACCUGGACAAGUUCAAGCAGGUUCUGCUGGGUCACUGUGACAUCAACAGAGACGGAAAGAUCCAGAAGAACGAGCUAGCGCUGUGUCUGGGGCUCAAGUUCAAUCCCUGAUUUGUGUGUGUGUGUGUGUGUGUGUGUGUGCUGACAGUAAUUAGUGGUCAGUAGUGUGUGUGUCUGUCAUUAGUGUCUGUUACUCACUCUGUGUGUGUGUGUGUGUGUGUCAGUAUCCCUUUAAUCAGGCGGAUCAGUGAUUAUUAAUCAUUAAAAGUCAAACUCAAAAUCAUCUGCUCAAGGCUUGUUUUAAUUCUUCUUCUCCAGUUGAUUCAUAAUUGUGACCCUGGAGCACAAAACCAGUCAUAAGGGUCAAUUUUUUUGAAAUUGGGAUUUAUGCAUCAUCUGAAAGCUGAACAAAUAAUCUUUCCAUUGAUGUAAUGUUUGUUAGGAUCGGACAAUAUUUGAAAAUCUGGAAUCUGAGGGAGCAAAAAAAUCUAAAUAUAGAGAAAAUCACCUUUAAAGUUGUUCAAGUUUACAGAAUAUCUUCAUGGAACAUGAUCUUUACUUAAUAUAUUAUGAUUACUCAUGACUGCUUUUGUGCUGCAGGGUCAUGUAUGAAUAUUUAAUCUUCUUUUUUAGUCGUCAGAUGAUUAUUUGUAAUCCCUUUUAUGCCUAAAUCCCCUAUUAUAUGUAUGAAUAGUGGGAAAAGACCCUCUCUUAAAUGUGAUUUUAUUUAAUUUAAUGUUAUCUAGUUAUUUUAUUGUUCUCAAUUUAUUUUUAGUUUACUUCCUGUUAUGUGCAGUGGUUAUAAUUGUACUGUAUGAAUGUUUGUGUUUACUGUAUUUACAUAAUAUGAAUUGCCAUUAAAUAUACAGUGCAUUAUAUCUAUCUAUCUAUCUAUCUAUCUAUCUAUCUAUCUAUCUAUCUAUCUAUCUAUCUAUCUAUCUAUCUAUCUGUAUGUAUAAGAUUUGUUGUGCUAAAAAAUACAAACAGACCACAAAUAAUGUGAAACACUGCAAUCUCUUCAAACAUUGAGCUGCAAAGAAAUCAAAAGUGCAGUCUCUAGACAUUUAAAGGCCAUAAAAUGUGAAUAUCACUGUUAAUAAAAUCAUUUGUUAUCUUG